AUGCACUUCGCAUUACCACCGCGCAAAACGUCCCAACCUCCCCCUUACGCUCGUGGAAACACCUCCGUCUCUGCAACUUACAGACGACGGAAACAGUUGCAGAUCGUCAGCUAUGCAGUGUUGGGGCUCUUGACCUUGUACCUCUGCUUCAGACUGGUGCUAUUUGCGACCUCAGCAGGGAGCCAUGAAGACGGUCCAAGUGCGAUUGAAGGCCACCAGGACGUUGUUCUGGUUACGGUCUUCGAUAAUGACGCGAUGAGCGAGGACUACAUCAAGAUAGUGAAGGCGAACCGGGACGAUUACGCUGCUAGACACGGAUACAAGAACUUCUACACCAAUACCAGCGCCUACUCCAAACUCGUCCACCCUUCUCCGACCUCCUGGUCGAUAGUACCCGCCCUUCGACAUGCAUUGACAGAGCACUCCUCCAGCACAUUCUUCUGGUCAUUGUCCGCCGACGCCUUCAUCACGAACCCCUCGCUAUCGUUAGAAACGCAUAUCCUCCAGCCUUUGGAAUCACUCAUGCUGAAGGACGUGCCGGUGGUCCCUCCCGACUCCGUCAUCCAUACUUUUUCUCACUUGAGACCUUCUCGCACGCACCUCAUACUCUCCCAAGACGCAGAUAACAUUGCUCACACCUCGUUCAUCCUGCGCAACACGCCCUUCACACCCACCACGACGGAUAACUGGGCUCACUAUUUUCUGGACGCAUGGUUUGAUCCGUUAUACCGGGCCUACUUGUUCCAGAAAGCCGAGAACCAUGCGCUUGAGCAUCUUGUUCAAUGGCAUCCCACAAUAUUAGCAAAACUGGUGUUGAUUGAGCAGCGCCGCUUGAACUCCUACAACUUUGCCAGUCCGCCUGUUCGAGACCAGGUGACAGGCCAGACGCAAACCUACGAUAGUAUGUGGCAAGAAGGAGAUCUUGUGGUCAAUCUGAAAGGAUGCAGAGAGAGCGACAAACGUGACUGCGAGAAAGAGAUGCGGCAUUAUUAUGCAAAAUGGGCGCAGGAGGUUGAACGAUUAGAUGGGAAGAAACCAAAGCAUCAUGUGAAGCCUCCCAAGCCUAAGCAGCAGCAGGUAGAAGACAGCAAGGAGAAAGCGGGCGCUCUUAACUGA